AUGGAUGGAAUGAACAACUGCAAUAUGAACAUUGGAUGCCCGAUGCAAAAACCAUCAGAAGGGAAUGGAUGCGGCGGGUUCCAGAGCUCCGGGUGCCCAUUUUCAGGCGGCCGUCGUCCUCGACCCCGAUCCCAGCAGAGUCCGGCUUCGAAGGACAGCUGCCCGUCCGGCAAUGAAUAUUCCAUCGCGACUACGCAAUAUACGUCG